CUUUACAUGGAUCCUCAUACCCAAGAAACACUACCCAAAGCGGAGGCUAUUCGACUUUGCUUCCGCUUCAAACCUCAGGAUAUCCCGGGCGAACCAGGCGCCCGUUCAAUAACUGUCGCUGAUGCCUUCAUGGAGGUAAACUUCCAAAGGAAAUUCGACUGGGAGAGGGACUACGUCUAUACACCAGCAGGCAUAGACGAAACAACAAAGAAACUAUUCAUGUUCCUCGACGUCAACAAGCACGCAAAUUCUACAUUUCAGACUCUGCGCUGCUACAAAGUUGCUAAAGGAAGCCCAAUGAUAUUUGAGAGCACUCAGUUCAAUUCAGUACGCAAUUUCUCAGACAUGUUCCCAUGGGGCGGGCGUGAAAUGCGGCAGCAGGAAAAGGCAACUGUACACCCUGUAUGCCCCGAAGCUCAAGGUGUAGAUCAAACAGUGGCGGAUUAAGGAAGCCUAGCGCUACUGCAUCAUCAGCGGCUUAUAUGAUGAUUCAAAGGGCUAAAAAUUACGUGCUGCCUUGUCUUGUCCGAUGGUGGGGAACGGGAUUGAGUGCGGUACUGGAUGACUUCUGAUGAUGCACGCGGGGGAUAUGGUAGCAUGUGCCUUUGUCCACGUGUUGCCACGAGCUACUAGCCACAGACUUAGCCUAAAUGUUUAUGUAACC